AUGUGAACUUGAGCAGUUGAACAGGCUCCUCCUUUCUUCUCCACGCGUUUCGCGUCCCGAAGUUGGAACAUUGUCCAUGUCCACCUACUAAUUGUCCCCCGGUCGAGUGUCAACAACAACUGUGCGACGGAGAGGGUACCACUGCGUGUGUCGUUGACGAGCCUUGUGAAGCUACGUCGUCCUCUCAAGGGAAAGCGAGUCGGAAAACAUACCGUGGACAUCUUCCCAGCCCAGCAUGCCACGUUCGCAAUCACAUUCCCCCACGACGAGCUCACGCGCCGGCGCCAACGAUCGGCAGGAUCCGGACAACGGAAGCCGGGUCCAAGAGGAGCAUAUAGCACGACAGCAGCAACAACAGCGGCAGGGAGGGAACACGAGCGGCCGAUCGCGAAACGAUGACCAGGACGAGGAUAGUGAUCACGAAGAGUCGCAUCACCAAGGCGGCGAAGUAUCCGAACUCCUACUAGGAGAAGAAGGCGACCUUGAAAUUGAAGAAGAAGAGGAACCGUUCCUCGACGAAGCCUCCCUCGACGACGGACGCGUGACAAUGUCCAUGCCUAUCCCCUCCCCCUCCUGGGACCGAGUCGUCGAGCCCGUAUCGGAAGAUCAGCACUCCGCCGCUGCGGAGUUGGUGGAGAAGGUUGCGGCCAUUGGAAUGCUGGAGGAGGAGGGCAAAGGUUCCCAAGGCUCGGAUGUGAAAGGGAAGAUGGAGAAACCGAAGAAGACGGCACUCUCGCAGUCGUCGGCGGGGAAGAUGUUGAAGGCGAGGAGCGUGAGUAUGGGUGUUAUUGGGAAAGACAAGGCAUCAAAUGCACCCCCGACCCGCUCAAUCUCGUCCCGUAACGUCGUCUCAUCAUCCCACCAAAAUCUGCCACCCUCCAACUCCACUACAACCCUCCUCCAACAAAGUAAACCUCGCUCUGCGUCUACGCGCAAUACCGCAACCAGCAAACGCGUCCCAAGCCUCUCCAAAGAACUCAGCGGCCGGUCAUCGCGCAACCCGUCCCCGCCGCGCCCGGCCGCCAAAUCCCGGCCCGAGACGUUCGAUGUUGGGAAUGGGGAGGGUGAUGAUCCGGUGCUGAUGGAUAUGGACCCGGAUGCUAAUGGAUUUGCGGAGUCGGUUGAUAAGUGGACGGGGUUGAUGCGGAGAGCUAUUGUGGCAGACUUCAUGACCGCCAAAUCGCAAAUGCUCCGCCGCCAAACCCAGCUUAUCAACCAAGCCAAAGCCGAGAUCGCCGACCAUCUCGCCGAUGUCGAAAACAGGCUCAAGACCGCCGAGGCCUAUAUCGUCACCUGUGAGGCGAAAGCGGUCCGGUGCGAGAAUCUGAUGGACGUUUCUUUGGGGUAUCUUUCCAAGAAGCGCCUAAUCUCGCAAACAGGCCUAUUCUUUGCACGCUGGCGCCUGAAAUACGCGGAAGAGCGGCGGUCGCGGAUGGUCAUGCGGCUCGCUGUGCAGCACCAUCGAAGAGCGGUUGCGAGGAAGUUGUUGUUGGGGUGGAAGGAGAUUGCGGGGACGACGUGGCGGAGGACUGUUGAGAGGAGGGUUAAGAUGGAAGCGGAGAAAGCAAUGGAAUCGCUCGCUGGCGAGUACGAUAAGCGGAUCGCACACCUGGAACGCAACCUCACAGAAGUCAACAGCCGCCUGGCUAUCUCCGAAUCGGCGCGCGCGGUGCAGGAAGAAGAGAUGAAGAAGGCGUUCAUGAGGGGUGUUUGUGCGCUUAAUAUGGAGGCUAUGAGUAUGUUUAGGCAUCCCGACGGGGGGGAGGGGGAUACUUUUCUUGCCAAUGCGAAGGGGCAGGGGAAGAAUCUUGAUGGUGGUACUGGAGCAAGUUAUCCACCAGCCCCACCACCCCCGCAAAAUACAUGGGAGGCGCAACAACUGCCCCCACCCGCACACUCACGACCAACGACUGCCCCCCACCCACCGACCACAACCCGCGAACGACAACAUACAAACACGACCGCGGAGGACUUGACCCCGCAACCGCACCCUUUCCGCCAACCGCACCCUUCCGCCUCCCUCUCCACCACCAAUAACACCAACACCCUCCCAACACACCACCAAUACCAAUCCGUAGCCCGCUCCGCUAAACAACUCAUGACCUCCUUCGCGCACCCGCCUCCCCUUCCCCACCACCAACAAUAUACGGUAUCACAACAACAACAACAACAACAGCAGCAGCAGCAGCCGCAACGACAGGAACGCAAAGAAACGGCAAGGGGAUCGGCGUUCGUCACCCGUCACCCGUUUUACGAUCCGGUUGCAAGGGCUGGCGCGGGUGCGGGUGCGGCUGGAGCCGGGGGAGCGUUUGGGUUGGGGAGGGUUCAGAGAUGAAUGGUGGGGCACUCUUUGUGGGAGGGGUAAGGAGGGGGAACGAU